AUAAAGAUGGGCAACGGUGCUGCAAUCCCUGAUGGUCCUCCAAGGAGGAUUGUGAUGAUCGGUAAAACUGGUGUUGGGAAGAGUGCUGUUGGCAACACCAUCCUGGGCAAAACGUAUUUUGAAUCUAAUGUGAGCUCAGAGUCAGUGACGCAAACCUGUGAGUUUCAAAAUGUUCCAAACUGUUUGAGAAGGAUCACUGUGGUUGACACACCCGGCCUUCUGGAUACGUCUAAAACUGCAGACAUCAUGAAGAAGGAAAUCGCAAAAUGUAUUCAGAUUACUACUCCGGGCCCUCAUGUCUUCCUGCUGGUCCUACAGAUUGGUAGGUUUACCAAAGAAGAGCAAAACUGUGUGGAUGCCCUGGAAAAACUGUUUGGACCAAAGGCCUCAAACUACAUGAUUGUCGUGUUCACUCAUGGUGACAAACUGACUAAGAAGGGCAUAACAAUAGAACAUUAUCUGAAAGAGGGCCAUAAGAAGGUUAAACAGUUGCUGAACAGAUGUGGUAACAGGUAUCAUAUGUUUGACAACAGUAACAUAAAGAACAGAGCUCAAGUUGUCAAUCUGAUCAAAAAAAUUGAUGAGAUGGUGGCAUCAAAUAAAGAAACUUACUACACUGAUGAAAUGUUUGAGGAGGCAGCAAGAAUUCUGGAGCUGAACAAGAAAAAAGAAACCGAACAACAGCUGACUAACAAUGUACCCUUCAUGUCUAAUGUCAGGGAAAAAGUUCUUUUGUUUCAGAAGAUCUUGGCAGAGGAUGAAGCUGAGUAGGGCCACAUUGAUUAAAUCUCGGACUCAAACAUGGGACAUUACUCUAAUUAGUCCUCAGUUCAUUUUUUAAUUACACUGGCUCAAUUGGUUGUCAUUUGAAGAAAAAAUAAAUG